CUCAAGGGGGUUCUUGAAGUUUGCAGCGUGUAGUUACCAGCAAGCACCCCACGAGCCAUGUUCAUUGCCCGCGCGCUGUCUCAAGAAAUGGAGGCGCCUCUCGCCGAGCAGGGGAAGGGGAAGGCGGUGAAUCCCGACCUCUAUGCCAGCUCGGCCCCCACGCGAUGCCCAACGGCAGAGCUGCCCCCCUUCGAAGACGACCAGGACGACGACGUGCACGAGGAGAGCUGGUGCGCCACUGCGCUGCAGAGGGAUGGCGACGAGCCGGCGCUCCUCGAGACGGUGCCCUUCGAGACGGUACCCCUCAGAGGCCAACGUCCCCGGAGGGGGCCUGCGAUGCCAGUACCGAAGGAAGCCCCGCUCAGGCGCCUCCGGUCUGCGGCGUACUGGGAGCAGAAAGCCGCCGCCGCCGGGCGGCCGGCGUGCUCGCCGUGGGAGAUGGGAGUGAAGCAGUGCCGCCCGUGCUUCGACGAAGAGGGCUGCCUCGGGCCCCAGGCGGCCCCGACGCCGGCAGCAGAAGGCGCCGCAGGCGCUGGCCCAGCGGCGGCCGCGCCGCCGGCAGCAAGAGCCGCCGAGGGCGAAGGCGCGGCUGGCAGCCCCAAGAGCUUGGCGGGCGCCAUCUCGAGGGAGUUGCGCCGCGCGGCGCUCGUGCCGGUUCCGCCUCCGGCCCCGCCGAUUGCUGCGCCGCCAGGACCACUCGGGGCCGUUCCACUCGGUGCCGCUCUGAGGUCGCGCGGCCGGUCGUACCACCUGGCGCGGAGCUGCUAGGAGGUAGGAGCCGUUGGUCAUGCAAGCAUUUGAGACUGCACUUCAUGAGUACAAGUGCAACCGCUGCUUCAAGACCUGCCAACACUUAGUGCCGCGCAUCUCAGCGUCCACCGGCGCUCUGGGCAAGCCGCGCGCUCGUUUUUUUUGUGGUCACUUUGCGGAUUGCAAGCCUCGUAGCGCUUCAUGCGGAAGCGGGGAGGAGGAGCAAUCUCUGCACCAGCCGUUCGAGGUUGGCGAUGCAGCGGCCGCCGCGACAAAGGGACGGGUUUCACGCCUACCCAUAUUUUUGCUGCUCAGCGGCAGGCCAGGACAGACUGCGCCCGCACCAGUGCGCGGCUUGUGCACCACCAGAGCUGUGCAAAUUUCAGCUGUGUAAACAUGUAUGUGCAUUUCAUACAUGCUCUUUGCACUUUGAACAGGGACGGCCAAGUCCCUGCACAACUCGUGCACCGUAGGCCGUCUGGACCAUCAUCAGAGAUGCGACCGGGCGCGUGUACGGUUACGGAUGCUAGAGCGCUCCGUCGGCUCGCGCCUUUCGCAUCCGUUUAAUCGGCUAGGUUCCAUCCUCCGUUUACUCGCCUUUGUGGCCGCAGUGGGCAUAGGUUGGUUCCCGACAGGUCGGGCAGUUACGAGCAAUUUGCGUAUGAAUCGGCUCAUUUCGGCCACUUCAGGUUGUCGAUGCAGCAGCAGGCUUCGUAGUGAUGGGAGUGAGCUCGCGCCCGCAAGAUUUCGGUUGCUCUCGCCUGGCCAUGACCGCGCCAGUGCCGUUUCACGAGAAACUAUUGCCACGCGUCAUCAUCAAAAAUAUGGCCGGGCAUGCGCACGGCUACGGAUGCUCGUGCGCACCGUCAGCUUGCACAGCAUCCUACGCAGAUGCUUUUGCUCGGCGCCUGGCCAGGAGAUCCUGCGUUGGGCCAGUUUCUUUUCACCAGAACCUACUGCCACGCGUCAUCAUCAAAGAUGUGACCAGGGGCGUGGGGGAAGGUGAGGAGCACCAUGAAUUCUAGACGCUUUGCGCAUCCCCACCAGCUCCUUUGAGAGUUGCGGCCUGCCGACGCUCUUGCCUCUGGCAACAAUUCUUUGGUCGACGGUCCUUUGGGACCACCCUGGUUUCCGCGCUUCGCGCCGUCCGGGGCUUCGCCUUUGCAUUUUUCUUCCCUACCUCGACCGACGUUUCGUUGGCCACGGCCAACCUGGUGCUCACGCAGUCGUCUGAGGAGGAAUAUAUAUAUAUUGUCCAUUCAAUCUCGAUGUUCCCCCCCUUGAGCAGGCUUCCCCUGACGUUCCCUUUCACCGACGCCUCAGCAGGCAUGUGCGUAACGUAUUUUCGUAGAUGCGCGUGCAUCGGGCGUUUAUCGCAUUGAGGAAACGAAGAUGCUGCCUUCUUCGCGCACGAGACGCGGGGUACGGGGUGCUCUCCCAGUUUGCCUGGCAACUGCUCUUCUUCUGAUUGUUUACAGCUCCCGAUCCGAGAUCCGCCCCUCCGCGAGGGCACGGCCAGUGAGCUGCGCCCGCGCCAGUGCCGUUUCACCAUAACCUAUUGCCACGCGUCAUCAUCAAAACUAUGGCUGGGCAUGCGUGCGGCUACGGAUGCUCGUGCGCACCGUCAGCCUUGACAGCAUCAGAAUGGGUUCACGCCCAUGCAGAUGUCUUUGUUCGGCGCCAGGCCAGGAGAUCCUGCGUUGAGCCAGUUUCUUUUCACCAGAACUUACUGCCACGCGUCAUCAUCAAAGAUGUGACCAGGGGCGUGGGGGAAGGUGAGGAUCACCCUGAAAUUGCCUUCGGAUGCCAGUGUGGGUUGCUGCAGAUAGUUGGGAAUCAAUCCGACCUCCUUGUUGCCUUGUCCCUUCCUCGUGAGGCGGCGCGCUGCAUCCAAUGGCGCUCACGACCCGACGCCUCAGCAGGCAUGUGCG